AAGUGACAGUGUCAAUAUGACAGUUGCUGGAUUGUUCAAUGUCGAUCUACAUUUUAACUUUCUUCAACAAAACAAGAGUCUUAUUUACUAUAUAAUGUGAUUUAUUAGAUGUGCAUUAUUUUAUAUAUAAAUCAUAAAGUUUACUGCACAAAAAAUGGGCGACAGCAGCGAUUCCGAGGAGUUUUAUGAUGCUGAAGAGUUUACACCCACCAAGGGCUCGAAAAGGUCAUCUCUGUGUAAAAGCACGAGUGUGACAGAGAGUUCUGAUGUGCCAGUUCAGGACAAAACAAAAAUCACAAAUACUGAUCAAACAUUGCCCGUUGGAACCAGUACGCCCACAGCCGAAGUCACUCCCGAAGAUGAUAGGAAUUCUAUUAAAAAUGUGGUGCAAGGCAGAAGACGAUUUCAAGAGCUGCGCCGUUGCAUGCAAACUGAAGAGGAUGAUGAAGGGAUUCCUGAAUUAGACAAUGAUCAACAGACAUAUACUUUAGAACAUCCAUUUAAAGUAAUAGCCCACGAUACUAUGAGCUUGCAGAGUAUGACGUCACUCGGCAGAAUUGGAAGGAUACUAAGCGGAGCUGCUGAAUCUCAACCAAACAUUCGCGAUUCCACGACCGGCCAGUGCUCGUCGCGAGAACCUUCCACCAUAUCCGACGACCCCGUCCAUACAGACUGUCGAACUCAGAACGUGCUGGCCGAGCCCGACGUGAUAGCCAGUACGAAAGCGAACAGCCUGAAGGCGCGGGGAGGGGGCGUGGCGACGGCGAGCGGGGCGCGGGGCGGGGGUGCCGCCGUGGUGACGCCGAGCGGGGCGCGGCCCGUGGCGCCGCCCCGGAAGAAGAAACGAAACAAGCUGCAUGGCUCUCAGUCGUUGUCGCGCGGAGAGGGCGAUGACGUCAGCAUCUGCACCACCGACACAGACGAGAUCCGAUAUGUGCCGAGGCGAGCGGGAGACAUACCCGGUCUGGACUCUCUCGUUGUAGAGCCCCCACCGUCUAGUUCGGCGAACCAGUCCAUGGCUCUACCCAGCCCGGCCAGCACCAUAGAAUCGCUAACCAGAGAAUUUCAAGACUCAUUGGAAUUAUCCCAAUCUAAAUAUGCUAGCGACCGCUCGUCCCCUGAGUGGUCGGGCGUUGCCGCCGCGCGCCCCCGGAAGGACUCCACCCUUGACAUCAAACACGCCCUGAGAGGCGAAUACGUGGUGAAGCCUUCAGACGACGACCGGGUCCGCAGCUCCGGCUCCAGGACUCACAGCGAGAGUCGGACGGCGCCGACCACGGGACAUUCGAGUCUGGGAUCCGGGAACAAGGGUCGCGGGGAGGGGGGCGCGGGGCGGCGGCGCUCGGCGGGGGACGAGGCGGCGCUGGUGGGCGUGGCGCUGCGCACGCGCACCACGUCCGGGCACCACCUGUCCGACAUAGAGAUCCUCGAGCAGGUCACCGUGCUCAAUCUGGACACCGGUGAGCGAGUCCCGCUGAGCGUCGCUGAGCACAAGCUGCCGCAGUGCAUCAACCCGCUGAGUCUGCACAUCAUGCGGAUCACGUCGGAGUACAUCGGCCGGACCAACGACGACGAGACCACCAGGGAGACAGAUGAAGAAAGCGAAAGCGUUAUUCCGGGCGGAGCCGACGACGAAAGCAAAGAGACGAAACGCGAAUCAACAGACAGACAGACAACCGGAAUCAAGAGGAAAACCGAAAAGUUAAAACGUUUCUUCGGGAGCACGAUGAAGAAAACCGUGGACGCGGCCAAGUCGUUGGCGCAGGAGGUGUCGCACGCGCGGCACAAGGAGGACGUGGCGGACAUAGCGGACGACGUCCGCGGCGAGCACAACAUCAAGCUGAAGGCCUCCAACUCGCACAAGGGGCCCUACGACUUCGACGGCUGCGUGCGUCACGUACAGGAGAUGGGGUCGGGGCACUGCGGCGCGGUGUGGUGCUGCAAGUUCAGCGUGUGCGGGCGCCUGCUGGCCACGGCCGGCCAGGACCGCCUGCUGCGCGUGUGGGCCACCAGGGACGCGCACCACAUGUUCCAGGACAUGCGGACGAAAUACAACGCGGAACAGAAGUCGUCCCCCACCCCCUCGCAAGAGUCCCUGGCGUCCCUGGCCCCCCUAGCGCCGCCCCCCGCCCCCGAAGACGCCCCCCUUGGCCCCUCCGCCCCUUUCUGUCCCAAACCGUUCUGCGUCUACUCCGGUCACACCUCCGACCUGCUGGACGUAUCCUGGUCGAAGAACUACUUCAUCCUGUCCAGCUCCAUGGACAAGACGGUCAGGCUGUGGCACAUCUCCCGGGGGGAGUGCCUGUGCUGCUUCCAGCACAUUGACUUCGUCACGGCCAUUGUGUUCCAUCCCAGAGACGACAGGUACUUCCUGUCGGGCAGUCUGGACGGGAAGCUGAGGCUGUGGGAUAUACCUGAUAAAAAGGUGGCGGUCUGGAACGAGGUGGACGGCAAGACGAAGCUCAUCACGGCGGCCAACUUCUGCCAGAACGGCAAGUUCGCCGUCGUGGGCACGUACGACGGCCGCUGCAUCUUCUACACCACCGACCAGCUCAAGUACCACACGCAGAUCGACGUGCGCUCGACCAGGGGCAAGAACUCCACCGGCCGCAAGAUCAGCGGCAUCGAGCCCAUGCCCAACGACGACAAGAUCCUCGUCACGUCCAACGACAGCAGGAUCCGGCUGUACGACCUGCGCGACCUCAACCUCUCGUGCAAGUACAAGGGCUACGUGAACGUGUCGAGCCAGAUCAAGGCGUCGUUCUCGCACGACGGCAAGUACAUUGUGAGCGGCUCGGAGAACCAGUGCAUCUACAUCUGGAAGACGCACCACGACUACUCCAAGUUCACGUCGGUGCGGCGCGACCGGAACGACUUCUGGGAGGGGAUCAAGGCUCACAACGCGGUGGUCACGUGCGCCGUGUUCGCGCCCAACCCCGACCACAUGAUCCGCAUGAUCAACGAGCGGGAGCACGAGCUCAGGCUGGCCGGCGACGCGCCCGACCAGGAGGACGACCGCCUGAAGGGGCGCGAGACGGGGCUGGUGUCGUCCUCGCAGCCGGGCCACGUGCUGGUGAGCGCGGACUUCAACGGCUGCAUCAAAGUGUUCGUGCACAAGGCCAAGCCCAAGCACAGCUCCCUCCCAGCCUCCGCGCUCGCAAAUGGAAAGUCGAGCAGUCGAGCCAGUUGAAGACUCCAGUAAGUAUCACACAACACAACACCCUGUAUAACUAAGCAACGGGAAUUCAAGAAGGAUGUACUCUUUGGGCUUUGACAUAAGGUUGAAAUUACGAACGUGAGUUUUUUUUAAAUGCAACUGUACGCAUCAUCGACAAGCAAAUCAAUAUAUCGGUAACCUCUCCAAGUAUUACAAUACCGUAGUACCGUGAAUGUCAGCCAAAAAUAAUUUAUAUGUAUAUAUUAUUUCCUACAAAUAUGUAAUGUUACAAAAACAAUCAGUUCCGAGUCUGGGCGUUAUGUACUGACGACAGAACAGUGAGCUUAGUGCGAAUUUUUUUACUUUUCGAUAGCGUUAUAGUUAACUCAAAUUUGUAUAGAGUUGGACAGCGUUUCUACGUUUGCCGCUAGGGGCGCUGUUCCAACUGUGGCCGCUCGGUAGAUACGAUGUACUACAAUGCUCUAACAUGCUCUAACUCUCUUAAACAUCUACUAACGUCUAUCGGAAAUAAGCAAUCACGAUCGUCAAUGUCCCGAGCGUCAACAUCGACGCGUCCUCCCCCCAACCCGCCCGGCCUCCCCCUCGCUCCCCCCGCACGCGCUGCCUACACACAUCUCAAAUACUUUUGGCAGUUUAUGUGAAAACAAAAAAAUGCGCGUGCAACUUGGUGCACGUGAAUGAAGUGAAACUUCUUCGAUGUGUAGUAUUGUGAUUUUCUUCAUUUUCGUCCUUAAAUCAGCUUGCUAUUGUAAUAGGGAAUGCUGUGUAUAAGAGAUGCGACAUCUUCAACACUUAUAUUAUAUAUAUUUUAAAUUAUAAAUUGAAAAAUACAUAUAUUAUAUAUUUUUAAUUAGUUCAUUAAAAUAUUGGACGCUACUCGUUGCUAAAGCUCGCGCUGGCCUGUAACAGGUAUAAUACGCGCAUUCACUCUCGCUCUGUCCCUUUCUAUUCCCCCUCCCCAUGAGCGUUGAAUAUUUAACGCGACCUUGUUGGAAGUCGCAUUAGAAGUUUCACUUCAAAAUAUUUCUAUUUCUUCUAGAAUGAUAUACGUGUUAUAUCUAACGGAAAUGUUUAUACAUAUAUAUAUAUUUUAGAGCUACAACUUAUUGGUUGCGUAACGUUGUGUUCAAUUUAUAUUUUACUGGAAUAUUAUUAAAUUUUAUUUACACGUAAUUUGGACAAUUUUUAUUAUUCUAUUGAUAAUUGCGAAAACAAAAUGGCAACGCAUCAGUGCUGCGUGUGGUACGUUUGGGAUGAUUUGUGACAGUCAUUUUUAUGACCCAUAAAAUAAACCCUUACUAGCCAGCAUGCGAUAAGUUUGUCGGAGCUUAAAGAGGACACAUACAUACAUACAAAGCUGAAGUAUCAAAUGUACUAUAGUAUUAACUACGCCGAUACAUUAUCAUUCUUGGUUUAACGUCACAUAAAGAUGAUCGAUAGAAUUGGCUUCAUUUUUAAUGUUAUAAAAGUAUGGAAAUUAUUUGUUUUGUUAAUUAUUUUAUUAUUAUUAUUUAGGUAUUUGUAUAAAUUACUUAAACGCAAGGAAAUAUUAAAUUUUGUUUUUUUAAUUAAGUUUGAACUUUAAAUACAUUUAUUUGAUUAAUGAAAUCGAAAGAAUCCAUUAGAUAUUUUUGUACAGAUUAGAUAAUAGUUACGGAACAUCACAUCAAUAUGAAUAGAAAACUUACGUUAUAUAUGGAAUAAUGGAUGUUACACUGAGCCGUUUUAUUACUAAGAUCCAUUAUUAAUUUUUAUAGCAUUCACUUUUUGUUUUAACUGUACACUUGAUUCAAUGAAAGUUGGAUAAGUUUUCAACUUUUGUUUGUGCAGCCGUGUUGUUGAAAGCGAUCCGAUUCGUUUAUUACGUCAAUGUGAAUUUAUAUAUUGAAGAGUUUAGUCGGUGAGGUCAGGGUCACGGUCGACGAUAGCGCGCAAUGGUCAGCGUUGCUCACCGAGUUUCUCGCCGGAUCUUCUCAGUGGGUCGCGUUUCCGAUUACAGAAUUACAAUCUACCACCGAACCUAGCAAGAGCCGUCUCUUGCUAGGGUCAGUGUUAGAAACGUCGUUAGGUUUGAGUACUAGUUAAGGUUACGCUGAAAUAGCCUCUCAAAGCUAUCAGUUUAGGUAGGAAAUAAAAUAAAAAUGGUUAGCGCUCGUGCACAGGUACAGUUGCGUCCGUAUGCAUCGUGUAUGUUACAUUUACAAUUAGUUUCAAACAUAAUAGCAAAUAAAAAAGGCAGAUACUAGAAUCCGAAUGGUAUUUUAGACUGUUUUCUGUUAGUUUUUUUUAUUGCUUAAUUGGGUGGACGAGCUCACGGCCCACCUGGUGUUAAGUGGUUACCGGAGCCCAUAAACAUCUACAACGUAAAUACGCCACUCAGAUUGAGAUCUAAGUUCUAAGGUUUCAGUUAUAGUUAUAACGACUGCCCCACCCUUCGAGUCGAAACGCAUUACUGUGUCACGGCAGAAACAGGCAGGGUGGUGGUACCUACCCGCGCGGACUCACAAGAGAUCCUACCACCAGUAAAAAGUAGUUCUGUUAUUUGAGCAUUUUCCCUAGAGUUGUGUCAUUCGUGAUCACGCGAAGAUCUUGGCGCGCUUCGGCAUUAUACCGUUCUUUCGAUCUUGGCAUUAACUUCGGCGAGGCUGUCGUAAACAAUUCAUAAUUUCAUUUUCACCAUAAGUCUUAAAUCCAUUUAAACAUAAUAAUGAACAUCACACUGUAUACACGUUAUAAAAGAAUAUAAGUUUUAACUAUAAGUAUUAGUUCAAUAUAAUAUUGACGCUUGAGAGGCAAACGUGACUAAGCGACAAUGCGUGAACUUUACAGUAGACUAAUUUAAAGUUGAAAUACCUGAAAAAAUUCUAUUUUAACGAAUCUAGCUGUAGGAUUGAAAUUAUUUUAAUAGACCUAGAAAUAUAUAUUUUUUGCGCAUCGAAUACGGUUAUUGCCUAUCAUUUAUGUACAAAGCAGUUAUUGUCGCUUAGUCACGUUAGCCUUUCAAGCGUCGAUAUGUAUUUGUUAUUAACAAUUGUGCAAUCAUUCAUAAUGGUAGGUACCUUAAAAUUUUAUAUACAAUAAUGUAAAAGUUUCAAACAAUAGAGCUUGAACUAUUAUUUUUUCGUAAUAUUAUUAGAAGAACAGAUUAUGAUCUAUACAGGGUGUCCGGAAAUAGUUUUCAAAAUCGAAAUACACAAGUGUGUCGGUAAUACCUAGUGCAAUGGUUUUAAAAAUCUUCAUCGAACAUAGCAUUACUAAGGUCGCAUGUCACGUAAUACAAAUCGUAGGGCCGUGGGAUGUGAAAUGUUUCUCAUGUUCAAUAUAUAUGUUGGUAAAAUCAAUGCCAAAGGCGUUGAUGCCAAACUUAUUUAUAAAAUAUAUAUAUGUGAACCCAUUCAAAUGACAAGGUUUAUAUAAAAAUUAGAGGCUUAAGCAAUAUUGCUUCUAUCGAGUAGAUCGAUAGAUGACCGUUUUCACUAUUAAUAGAAGUUUAGUGAAAUAUAAAAAGACGUUAUACCGGAAUUCGAAUACUAAAAUAAAAUACUUGCAUAUUGAGUUUCUUUGCGACGAGCAGAUCCGACUCCAGCCAUAUACACUUUUAAAUUUCGCGGAGAACAAUAUUUGUUCGUUUAUGUUAGAAUAACAGUUUAUACUGCACUAUAACUACUUGAACCACACCCUGUAUAGUGAGUCGGGUCACUGUCCUCAGUGGUGGUCAGCGCGAGGGUCCGCGUGGGUCCGCGUGGGGCGGCUAAGCCAACAGAUUCCUGGGUCUGACCCCUUUACUAAUGCCCUGGUGGACCGACAAUCAGCUUACUUCUACACCACUGGUAUUCGUGACAGCAAGCUGUAUUUUUAUUAACCUUUACUUAUGUAUUGUUAUUUGGCACGUGUAAUAUUUAAUGUAUAGUAAUUAAUGUAAUAUAUGUGGAUUGUUAUUUUAUUUUUUUUGUGUAAAUUGUCUUCUUUUAUACUCCUGCCGGAGUUCGUUUGGAUUGUAUAAAGUAUUUAGCUAAGUGAUCUAAAAGAUGCCAUUGUAAUCAUGUUGAAAAUAUAUUUUUAUUUCGCAUUUAAUCUUAAUAAAUAGUUAUUUUUUAUCGA